GAACCUAUAUUUAUAUAGGUCCAGUUUAUGUAAAAUACUCUCUCCUAUUUUUUUCUCACAGAAUAAUACUCAAUUUUUGUAAUUAAUAUAAAGAUGUAUCCUUGUUUUAAUAGGUAUCAAACAUGAUGGUACCAUGUGUGACACCUGCCGACAGCAACCAAUUAUUGGCAUUCGAUGGAAGUGUGCAGAAUGUACAAAUUAUGAUUUGUGCACAGUAUGUUACCAUGGAGAUAAACAUCAUUUAAGACAUCGCUUUUACAGAAUUACUACACCAGGAAGUGAGAGGGUUCUGUUAGAGUCUCGUAGAAAAUCUAAGAAGAUUACAGCCAGAGGAAUCUUUGCAGGUGCCAGAGUGGUACGAGGAGUGGACUGGCAGUGGGAAGAUCAAGAUGGAGGAAAUGGACGUAGAGGGAAGGUCACAGAAAUCCAGGACUGGAGUGCAUCAAGCCCACAUAGCGCGGCAUACGUUCUUUGGGAUAAUGGUGCUAAGAACCUUUACAGAGUUGGCUUCGAGGGCAUGUCUGAUCUGAAGUGUGUCCAGGAUGCCAAAGGAGGUUCUUUCUACAGAGAUCAUUGUCCUGUGCUAGGUGAGCAGAAUGGCAACAGGAAUCCUGGUGGAUUGCAGAUUGGUGACCUGGUAAAUAUAGAUCUUGACCUAGAAAUUGUACAGUCUUUGCAGCAUGGUCAUGGAGGAUGGACUGAUGGAAUGUUUGAGACUUUAACUACAACUGGAACUGUUUGUGGCAUUGAUGAAGACCAUGACAUUGUAGUACAGUAUCCAAGUGGCAAUAGGUGGACCUUUAAUCCUGCUGUUCUCACUAAAGCAAACAUUGUCCGAAGUGGGGAUGCUGCCCAGGGUGCAGAAGGAGGCACCUCACAGUUUCAAGUGGGUGACCUUGUACAAGUUUGUUAUGAUCUGGAAAGAAUUAAACUUCUACAAAGAGGACAUGGCGAAUGGGCUGAAGCGAUGCUUCCAACUUUAGGUAAAGUUGGCCGAGUACAACAGAUUUAUUCAGACAGCGAUUUAAAGGUGGAAGUUUGUGGUACAUCUUGGACAUAUAAUCCCGCAGCAGUUUCCAAGGUGGCAUCUGCCGGAUCGGCCAUCAGCAAUGCAUCUGGUGAAAGACUCUCACAACUCUUAAAGAAAUUAUUUGAAACCCAAGAGUCUGGUGACCUCAAUGAAGAAUUAGUUAAGGCUGCUGCCAACGGAGAUGUUGCUAAAGUGGAAGAUUUGCUAAAAAGACCAGAUGUGGAUGUAAAUGGACAAUGUGCUGGCCACACAGCCAUGCAAGCUGCUAGUCAGAAUGGACAUGUUGACAUUUUGAAGUUACUUUUGAAGCAAAAUGUGGAUGUAGAAGCAGAGGAUAAAGAUGGUGAUAGAGCAGUUCACCAUGCAGCUUUUGGAGAUGAAGGCGCAGUUAUAGAAGUACUACACCGGGGCAGCGCAGAUCUGAAUGCUCGCAACAAGCGCCGACAGACACCGCUUCAUAUUGCUGUCAAUAAAGGUCAUCUUCAGGUUGUGAAGACUUUAUUGGAUUUUGGCUGUCAUCCCAGUCUCCAGGAUUCUGAGGGUGAUACUCCUCUUCAUGAUGCGAUAAGUAAGAAACGUGAUGAUAUCCUGGCAGUUCUUUUGGAAGCUGGAGCAGAUGUUACCAUCACUAACAACAAUGGAUUUAAUGCUCUACAUCAUGCUGCACUGAGGGGAAAUCCCAGCGCAAUGCGUGUUUUACUAUCUAAAUUACCAAGACCAUGGAUCGUGGAUGAGAAGAAAGAUGAUGGUUAUACUGCCUUGCAUCUGGCUGCCCUUAAUAAUCAUGUAGAAGUGGCUGAACUGUUGGUUCAUCAGGGUAAUGCAAACCUGGAUAUCCAGAAUGUGAAUCAACAAACGGCCCUACACCUUGCUGUUGAACGACAGCACACCCAAAUUGUUAGGCUUUUGGUCCGUGCAGGUGCCAAACUAGAUAUUCAGGAUAAGGAUGGGGAUACUCCUUUGCAUGAAGCUCUGAGGCAUCACACUUUGUCUCAGCUACGUCAGCUCCAAGAUAUGCAAGAUGUGGGGAAGGUGGAUGCUGCCUGGGAGCCGUCCAAAAACACAUUAAUAAUGGGACUUGGAACCCAGGGGGCAGAAAAGAAGAGUGCAGCCUCUAUUGCCUGCUUCUUGGCAGCCAAUGGCGCUGACCUUAGCAUUCGAAAUAAGAAGGGUCAAUCACCACUUGAUCUCUGUCCUGAUCCAAGUCUCUGCAAAGCACUGGCUAAGUGCCAUAAAGAAAAAGUCAGUGGUCAGGUGGGUUCUCGGAGUCCUUCUAUGAUUAGUAACGAUUCUGAAACCUUAGAAGAAUGUAUGGUGUGCUCAGAUAUGAAGAGAGACACUCUUUUUGGCCCAUGUGGACAUAUUGCUACCUGCUCUUUGUGUUCUCCACGAGUCAAGAAAUGCCUCAUCUGUAAAGAACAAGUUCAGUCCAGGACAAAGAUUGAAGAAUGUGUGGUAUGCUCUGACAAGAAAGCAGCUGUUCUUUUUCAACCCUGUGGACACAUGUGUGCUUGUGAGAACUGUGCUAGCCUGAUGAAAAAGUGCGUGCAGUGUCGGGCAGUAGUUGAACGAAGAGUGCCUUUCAUUAUGUGCUGUGGAGGAAAGAGUUCGGAAGAUGCCACUGAUGACAUCUCAAGUGGGAAUAUUCCAGUAUUACAAAAGGACAAGGAUAAUACCAAUGUCAAUGCAGAUGUGCAAAAGUUGCAGCAACAGUUACAGGACAUUAAAGAGCAGACAAUGUGCCCAGUAUGUUUGGAUCGUCUGAAGAAUAUGAUUUUCCUCUGUGGUCAUGGAACGUGCCAACUCUGUGGAGACCGCAUGAGUGAAUGUCCUAUUUGUCGCAAGGCUAUUGAACGAAGGAUUCUUUUGUAUUAACUAAGAAACACAGUGUGCUUUGUUAGCUGAAGUGUCUGGUCAUGAGACCUGAGUAAGCUUUGAGCUAGUUGGAAGUUCUAAUGAAUUAAUUUCUGCUAUCAUAGUUUCUUUACUGGAGUGUAAUUAGUCUGUAAGUGUACCAGAACAAAAACUCUACAAAACAGUGUUUUAAAUCAAGUUUUUGUCUUUUUUUUUUUUUAAUUUAAAAUAUAUCCUUGUAAUUCAUAGAUGAUUACUUUCUGGCUUCUAAGGGGAAGAUCCUUUAAGGAUUUCCUUUUUUGUUUUUAUUGCAUUUUAUAAUUUAUAAAUUUGUUAGACUUCAAAAGACACACUUUAUGAUCAGUUAUCCUUUAUUUCAUUAUGGUUUUUCACAGUGCAUUGACACAGGUUCUCUGAAGAGUCAUGCACCAAAUGGAAGGAGCAAGUCAACCCUUACGUCACAUAUGUUAAAUGAUAAAAUUACAGUACAAGUUCCAUAGUUAAGGAAAUAUUGAAGGGAAGAUUCUCUUUAAGAUAACAGAAAGUUAUUCAGUUAUCCAAAUGUGUGUUUCUGAAUUCUUUGAGUAAAUGGAAGUAUAGGAUGAGAGAAUAAUGACUGUAUUUAGCUUAUUUUUUAAAUUCAAAAGGAACUCUAACUUGAAUCUAAUAACAGUUUCAAAAUGACUGACAGACAUCAAAACAAAAAAGCAAUAAUAAUGGGCAGCUGAAGAGGGAACAAAACGAAUACAAGAGUACCUGUUAACUGACCAUGCACAGUUGCCUUUCUUAGAUUAACUUAUAUACUGUUUUGUCCAGCCAGUGUUUUAAAAUAUCUGUGGAAAUAUGCUUUAGUUUUCCCUGUGAUUUCCUACCCUGGCUUGAUCUUACCAGUGAAAUGACAUUGCCCUGUUGGACCUCUGAGGUUCUGUUUAGCUUUGCGAAUGUAUUGAAUAGUACCUGGUGAUCUGCAAAGGAUAGCGUGAGGUCCAAAGCAGCAAUCUUUUCUUCUUUGUAUCAGUUAAUUCUGACAGUGUUACUGAUUUUACCUUCAUUGUAAGCCUUACUUCCACACUCUCUUAGAUAGUAAGUCUUACUAUAAAGGAAGCAGUCUCUCUUUAUACAACAAAUGAAAAUAUUAUUUAAACUGCCAACAAUAUCCAAGACAUAGUAAAUAACCUAAUAAUACAAACUUUAGAAAGAGUGACGAGGACAUUUACAGAAAUAUGUCCGAUUACCCAUAGAUGAUUUUUUUUUUUUUUUGACACAGACUUCAACUCUAGAGCAUCUAAUCAUUUUAUGUAUUGCCUCCAGGGUACAUAUACAUAUAAAUAAGUGUUUGGGGGUUCAUUGCUGUUAGAUUAUUAUAUCAGCUGUUUACAAUGCUGUCUACUAUAUACUGUAUAUAAGCUUACUUCUAAGAAUAGCUAUCUUUUGUAGUUCUUCCUCCUUUGAAUGUGGCUAGUUUUUCUUAUUUCAGUUUUUCAACCAAAUUUGAAAGUACAAAGUCUCUAGCCCUCAUAACGCUGUUUCUGACCACCUACUUGCUGCUGCCUUUGCAAGUCCUAGCAAAAGCAAUGGGAAGCAUUGCUGGCUGGUUUUGUAGUCUCGACAAUUCCGUAUCUGUUUAGUUGGGUAGCUGUUAUUUAACACUUAGAAUAGUAAAAUUUUUACAAAUUUUAGAUAUGAAAAUUUAUGUGGACUCUACUCUGUUAUCUAAUAAGGGGCCACUGAGGCUAUUUUUAAAACUAUUUUGAAGUUAUAAAAAGGUAGUACAUCUGACUGAUGAUGUUCACAUAAAGAGACAAACAGACUAUCUUCUUGCAGGUUUGAAAACAGCAUAGUCAGGUUUUUCCUUUCUUCUGUGUUGUAGGCCACCCAUCUCUUCUCCACCAGAUCUCCUGGUGAGGAGGGAGCACCUGGCUGCCUCAUGCAGAGCUUGGCCAGUCAGAGAAUUUGUGUGGGCUCUGGCUCUACUUAAACAGAUCCUUCUUGUUUUCUGAGCUGCAAAGCUAAAACUUGUAUCCCUAAAAGGUAAUGUCAUCUUCCAGACUAGUUUAGUUAUUUUCUUCAUAAUCAAAAUAUAACUUAUAGUCUUCUAUUACAGAAAUCAUAAAGACACUAUAAUUUUAGUGCUAAGUACUUGUGGAUUUUCUUUAUUUGUAUCACUUUGAAAUUUGUUUCAUGAAUAGAAAAAUAGUUAUCUAUUCAUGUUUUCAAGCAUCUGAAAAUUAUUUUUAAUUUAUUUUGAGUUUGUGUGAGAGAAUAAAAUCAAGAACUUAAUCAUUUACGUGACUUUCCUCCAACUCUGAAUCUGCUACCUCUUAUUAUAUGUCACUUAGCAGUACUUUUCCAGUUAGGUGUGUUUUCUCCUCAUUUUCUAAACCUCUUUAUCCUGUGCCUCAAAAGAGCUUUUACUUUUCCUAGAAUCAU